AUGAGCGGCCUCGCGACCAAGCAGCAGUCGCACAAGAUCUUUGAGAAGCUCAAGUCCAAGCCUGCCAACAAGAUAUGCUUUGACUGCGGCCAGAAGAACCCGACGUGGACGUCGGUGCCGUUCGGCAUCUACCUCUGCCUCGACUGCUCCUCUAACCACCGCAACCUGGGCGUGCACAUCUCGUUUGUGCGCUCCACCAACCUCGAUCAGUGGCAAUGGGAUCAGCUCCGGCUUAUGAAGGUUGGUGGCAACGAGUCUGCCACCAAGUUCUUCCAGCAAAACGGCGGCACUGCCGCGCUCAACAGCAAGGACCCCAAGACCAAAUAUCAGUCCAACGCUGCGACCAAGUACAAGGAUGAGCUGAAGCGCCGCGCCGCGAGGGAUGCCAAGGAAUUCCCGGGCGAAGUGGUUAUUGCCGAUGCGGCCGAAGGCGAUGGUUCUUCCACGCCAGCUGGUGAGCCUGAUGACGACUUCUUUUCCUCGUGGGACAAGCCUGCCAUCAAGCGUCCGACUCCUCCGCUCUCGCGCACAGCGACUCCUCCGGUUGUCGGCCGAACGCCCUCGCCUUUCCUCAACGCCGGCAAUGGCAACGCUAAGGACGCGGGCCGGUCACCAUCUCCACUCGCCAAGGCGGAUUCUACUGGAGAGAACAAGCCUGCGGCGAGCCGCAUCACGACGUCGGCGGCGCUGCGCAAGACUACCACCACUGGCGGGCCGCGGAAAGCUAACGUCCUCGGCGCGAAGAAGACGACGAAGCUGGGCGCCAAGAAGGUCACCGGUGAGGUGAUUGACUUUGAUGAGGCGGAGAAGAAGGCAAAGGAGGAAGCCGAGCGUAUCGCAAAGCUGGGCUACGAUCCGGAUGCCGAGGAGGAGCAGACCAAGGAGCCGUCAGGAGCCGCCGCGACUAUCCUCUCGCCCACUCCUGUCAGCCCGUCCGCCUCGACCAGCUCCCACACGCGGCAAAAGUCCAACGCGGAGGUCGAAAGACUGGGCAUGGGCAUGGGUCGCCUCGGUUUCGGCCAGAUUGGAGGUGGCAAGCCCGCUCAGUCUCAGGCAGCCAAGAAGAACGCCGGUGGCUUCGGCUCCGUUGGUCCUGUCAAGGCCGCUGCCGAAGACGAGUCCAACAACUAUGCGCGCUCCAAGUUCGGUGCGCAAAAGGGCAUCUCCUCGGACGAGUACUUCGGCAAAGGAGCAUUCGACCCCAACGCCCAAGCCGAGGCCAAGACCCGUCUGCAGGGCUUCGAGGGAGCCACCUCCAUCUCUUCCAACGCCUACUUCGGGCGGCCCGAGGAGGAGGUCGAGGAAGACUACGGCGACCUCGAGUCCGCAGCCAAGGACUUUGUGCGCAAGUUUGGCAUCACGGCGAGCGACGACCUCGAGAACCUGAGCAACGUUCUCGGAGAGGGCGCUACGCGGCUGCAGGGCGCCAUCCGUGCUUACCUCGGCAGCUGA